AAGCCACAGGAGAAUUGUUUACUUCUUCGGUGUCUCCGUCUCUCAUCUCUUCUCCUUAAAUCUUCUUCCUAGAUUCAAUUGCAGUCUUUUUGUUUUUCUCUUUGAUUUAAGAUAUUCACGUUCCAUUUCUUUCGAUUCCUCCUUUGUGGAGGAAUUGAAUCUCCAUUCUCUGCUUGCAAUCUCUGUAAACAGAAAUGUCGGUGAUUUCAAAUUUCACGGCAUGUAGUCUCGGUGAUUGCACGGCUAAUCAUGCUGAUGGGAAGUUCAAUUCUGGGUCUAUUCCUGGCUUAAAUUGGAGAGCCACCAACAGGAUUUCUAUGCCUCACCAGAGCAGCACAUUUCGGUUAUCUGUUGGUCAGUCAAGCUGCAAAGCUACUAAAGAUGGAAGUAUACGAAUGACAUUGUUAGAUGAGAGGCCAGCGCCUGGCAGAUAUAUGACUGAGCGCUCUGGUGUCUUGGCGUAUGAUCUUGUUCAAGGAGAACUUGUAAAGUGGAGCUCUGCAAUGGACAAGUCAAUGCCAGAUCCGCCAACAGCUGUGCUUCUGCAUGGCAUUCUAGGUAGCCGAAAAAAUUGGGGAACAUUUACUCGGAGAUUAGCGCAGGAAUUUCCAAUGUGGCAGUUUCUUUUAGUAGACCUGCGAUGCCAUGGUGAUUCAGCAUCAAUGAAGAAGAGGGGACCCCACACAGUUGACUCAACGGCUUUUGAUGUCUUAAAACUAGUAGCACAGCUUAGAAUGAUUCCCCGUGUUCUUAUUGGCCACAGCUUUGGAGGAAAAGUUGUCUUGAGCAUGGUGGAACAAGCUGCAAAGCCUCUUGCGCGACCAGUUAAAGCUUGGGUUCUAGAUGCUACUCCUGGAAAAGUUCGAGCUGGUAGAGAUGGAGAGGACCAUCCAGCAGAGUUGAUAUCUUUCCUUAGCAAGCUGCCAAAGGAGGUCUCCUCAAAGCGAGAAGUUGUGAACGCUCUUCUUCAGGGGGGAUUUUCUAAGGAUGUUGCACAGUGGGUCGUAACUAAUCUUCAACCAAAUGGUCAUUCGGGUUCAUCAUUGGGCUUCUCAUGGGUAUUUGACCUUGAAGGGAUUGCUGAAAUGUACCAAUCUUACGAAGAAACAAAUUUAUGGAAAUUUGUUGAAAAUUUGCCUCAAGGUGUUCAUGUCAAUUUCCUAAAGGCAGAGAGGAGUUUGCACAGGUGGGCCCUUGAAGAUCUGCAGCGAAUUCAUGCUGCUGAGGAUCUGGCUGCUGAGGAGGGAGGUGGAGUUGAAAUGCAUGUCCUUGAAGAUGCUGGCCAUUGGGUACAUGCUGAUAACCCAGAUGGGCUUUUCAGGAUUCUUUCAUCUUCUUUCCAGGGGUUCAAAGCCUGAAGGUGUUGCAUUGAAUCACUGCUUAUACUUGUUUGGAUACAACAGCUAUAAAUUACAAAAUUUGUUUAUGUAAUCAUUUUUGUCUAAACACAAAUUAUCAAGUGAUUACACACAUUUCUGUGCCAUAGAGGUCGAGUAUAAUUUUAGUUUCUUGCAAAUUGUCACGCUGGGGUAUACUUGUGCUAGUAGUAAUCCUGAUAACAAGCUUGUAAACAAUCGAGUCGUGUUGAGUUUUGACACCUUUAGGAUUGAUAAAUUUUUUAAUUGAACAA